AUGAAGGAAAGUGGUUUUCCUAUUCACCUCGAUGACUGGAAUGAGGAGAUUGGAAGCCACUGUACGGAUUAUGUCCAGUUGGCCUUUAUCAUCUCCUGUCUGUCUAUUUUUGUGGGAGGCAUCCUCAUAAUUUUGAUGAUCAGGGUUUUGGAGUAUGUCCUGCGGUGCUGCUUCCUUCAAUAUGCUGAUCAAUGUAAGCUGUUUACUCCACACCUCCCCAAGUUGAGACGCUGGAAGGGACACUUCCAGGACUGGGUGGUCAUGAUGAUCUCAGCUCAGACUUCUGUAGGACGUAUACUGGUAAUCCUGGUGUUCCUGUUUAGUAUUGCAUCGCUCAUCAUAUACUUUAUCAACUGUUACAGUGUUAGACAGUUCUGCCUCUCCUUCGAAGACCAGACAAUUAUGGUUGACCUAUUCUUCAAUAUGUUCUUCCUCCUUUACUUUGGACUGCGGUUCUUGGCAGCAAGUGACAAGCUGACCUUUUGGCUGGAACUUAAUUCCAUCGUGGACUUCUUCACCAUCACUCCAGUCUUUGUAUCCUUCUAUUUAGGAAGAAAUUGGCUUGGUUUACGGUUUUUGAGAGCACUCCGACUGAUGGAGCUUCCUAAAAUAUUACAGUUCCUCCACAUCACCAAAAGUGGUACUGCAAUCAAGCUGUCCAAACUACUAGCUGUAUUUGUCAGUACCUGGCUCACUGCUGCAGGAUUUCUUCAUUGGAUGGAGAAUUCUGGAGAUCCCUGGGCACGACAGAAAAAUUCCCAGACCUUAACUUACUUUGAGUGCUUAUAUCUUAUCAUGGUGACCAUGUCUACAGUUGGGUAUGGAGAUGUGGUGGUCAAGACCACCUUAGGACGUGCAUUCAUCCUUUUCUUCAUCGUCGGUGGCUUGGUCCUCUUUGCCAAUUUUGUGCCUGAAAUAGCAGACAUUGUUGGAAGCACUAAGAUCUAUAAGGGUUCCUAUAUGGCUGUGAAAGGCAGAAAGUUUAUUGUUGUUUGUGGUGAUAUCAAUCUGAACAGUGUAACUGCUUUCCUAAGGGACUUUCUAGCUCAGUCUAAAGGAGUAUCUGCCACUGAUAUCCUCUUUCUGGGGGAAAAUCCCCCCAGACUGGAGAUGGAAACCAUAUUCAAAUGUUACGCUGCCUAUACCAGUUUCUUUCAAGGUACUGUAAUGAAUACUGAAGAUCUGAACAGAGUUAAGAUGGGUAUGGCUGAAGGAUGUCUCAUCUUAGCUGACACAUGUUCUGAUCAUCCUUACAUUGAGGAUACUGCAAACAUCAUGAGGGUCCUCUCCAUCAAGAACCACUUUCCACACACCAGAGUCAUAAUACAGAUCAUCCAGUCUUCUAAUAAGGUCUAUUUACCAAAGCUCCCCAAUUGGGACUGGAGGAGAGGCGAUAGUAUCAUCUGCUUUGGUGAACUCAAGCUUGGGUUAAUAGCUCAGAGUUGUGUGGUGCCGGGUUUGACCACACUCUUGACCAGCCUGUUUGUUAGGGAGGAUGCUCAGUUACAGAAAGUGGACACUUUGAAUAAGCACCAAGAAGAACUAAAAGGCCAGGAGUACAAAGUGAUGACUCAGCUUCUCUCCAAUACUUUUGUUGACACGACCUUCAAAGAUGUGUGCCGAUUGUGCUUUGUGAAGCUGAACCUCAUACUGCUUGCUAUUGAGUUUCGAUCUGGCAUUCAUGGAAACAGCAUCCUGAUCAACCCAACUUCCAGAAUAAGACUCCAUCACAACACAAUGGGCUUUUUCAUUGCCAAAUCUACGAAAGAACUGAGAAGGGCCCGUUAUUAUUGUAAACAGUGCCACAGUGACAUCCAGAAUCCAGACCAAAUUGGAAAGUGCCGUUGCAAAGCGAAUGUGAAAAAAACGUUUUCAUUUUCUGAUAAGAUGAGAGCCUUGCAAGAAUAUUUGAGCCUUCAGGAUCAGUAUCCAAAAGGUUCACGGUCCCUUGGGAUUCUCCCUUUCUCAAGUCUGCCUGCAGAUGGUGAAAGGUUUCCUGAACUCAUGGAAGAAUUGAAGGGUGAUACUUCACUAGACUCUUCAGGAAUGUUCCACUGGUGUGAAGCGGUGCCUUUUGAACAGGCUCUCUUGAAGCGCAACAAGAAGCAACUCACUAGUCUGCAUGAUCACAUUGUAGUCUGUGUGUUUGGAGAUGCUACCUCAACACUGAUUGGGCUACGGAACUUUGUGAUGCCUCUACGAGCCAGUAACUUCACAUUCAAUGAACUGAAGGACAUUGUCUUUGUUGGAUCUCUUGAAUAUCUCCAGAGAGAAUGGGAAUUCAUCCAGAAUUUCCCAAAACUAGCCUUACUGAAGGGCAGUGCACUUUCUUGUGAAGAUCUGAAGGCAGCCAACAUCAAGUACUGUACUAUGUGUGCCAUUGUCUCAGCCCAUGCCAGAGGUUCUGGCAAUCAAACCCUAGUGGAUACAAAAUCUAUCCUGGCUACUCUGAACAUACGUUCCUUGCAGUUCAAGCUAACUCCAUCAACAAAUGGAACCAGUGCAGACACACUGAGGAAUCAAUCGGUGCGGGUUUUUUCCAAAAGGAUCCCCAUCAUCACUGAGCUGAAGAUGGCUUCGAAUGCACAAUUCUUUGAACAGAGUGGUGCAGCUGAAGCUGAGUAUUUGAUCCAGAAUGACUCACAACAUUUUUCUAGAGGGACAAUAUUUUCUGACAGCUUUUUGGAUUCUCUGUUGUGCACUACCUACCAUAACCACCAUGUAUUGGCUUUGCUCCAGACGCUUGUGACUGGAGGGACCAGCCCAGAACUGGAGGAAUAUUUGGCAGAGGAGACUUCACUGGCUGGUAGUACUAGCAACAUAAUGCGCAUUGGACCCAGGAACAGAUGUAAGCUGGCACUAUUAGCACUGACAGACGAUCCAGAUACAGUAGAAGGACUACUGCUCUACUUUGCGGAUGUAUUCACUAGAGCACUAGACAUGUUCGGUAUCCUUUGCUUUGGCCUCUACCGCCUGAAAGACGAUCCCAAUCCCUAUGAAAAUAGGAAAGUAUAGUAUGUGAUUGCACGGCCACCCACCAAUUUUGAGAUCUUGAAUUCUGAUCAGCUCUUUUGCCUUGUUCCAUUCAACAUUUUAUCACAUGACCUGUCGGCUGUGGUAAAGUCUAUUCCACCAAUCAAAAGAAAGGAUGCCUUGCAGAGAGAGGAUACAAUAGUUCUGCAAUAA